AUGUGUCAUGUUUCUAAUUCAUUAUUUUUGGAUUCUAAUCAAACUAUACAAAGGGAGAGUAAAAAACUAAAUCAAUUAUAUCUUAUAUUAGAUGAACAACAUACUAUAUAUCCAUACAUAAAAAUUCUUAAAAAGUUAUUUGCUCCACAGUUAGAUAAAGGAGAAACAAAACAGCAAUAUCUUGAUCUAAUUUAUAGUCAUAAUUCUGAUAAUGAAAAAAGUACAGAUAAGAGUUCAAGCUCAGUUAGUGACAAUAAUAAUAAAGUUGGAGUAAAAAGAAAAUUUAAAUCAAAAAAACAAGUACAACAAACCACUAAUAUUGAAAAUAAUAAAACUGAAUACUUGCCUUCUAUUAGUCCAAAUGGUUUGUUACAAAGAGUUUGGGCUACUAUAUUUUUGUUUCUAGAUGAACUUUGGACUAUACCUUCUAAUAUUGCAUUACUGAUAUCUAUUCUUGAUCCAUAG